UCUUUCUCUCCCUCCCUCCCUUUCUCUCCCUCUCUCCCUCUCCCUCUCUCUCUGACGCGGAGCCGUACCAAUUGCAAGUCCAUAGAGUUGAGGCGCAUGCGCAGCGGCUUCGUGCCAGCUGCCCUGGGUAUCGAUCCGAGACUAAAAAAAAACGGAUUGUGCUUUAGUGAAAGAAACGAGUGAUACGCCGAAUUUUAAUGAAAAAUCCUGUACAAGUCCUGAGAAGAGCGAGAAGAAACAUCAGAUGUCGCAGAAUGAGAACCUCACCACAACGCAAUCUGCUGGCAGUCAUAGAUCAAAUGCAUGCUGUCUCUGUUGGUGCUGUUGUUGCAGCUAUUCAUGGAGAGAAGAUGAUGAUCGAAUUAGAAGGCCAUCUCACAAUAUUGUAUUGGAAAACUUGGAGAACUGUGAACCAAGUGUAAAUCCAACAGCAGAAGAGGUGCACUUGUGGGCUCAAUCCUUUGACAAGCUACUGAAAACUCCUGCAGGCAGAAAUACCUUCAGAGAAUUCUUAAGAACUGAAUACAGUGAAGAAAAUAUGCUCUUUUGGCUAGCAUGUGAAGAUCUCAAAAGUGAAGUAAAUAAAAGUGCCAUUGAGGACAAAGCACGACUUAUCUAUGAAGACUUUAUUUCAAUACUUUCUCCUAAAGAGGUUAGCCUUGAUUCACGAGUGCGUGAAGUCAUCAACACAAAGAUGGCGGAACCAUCAAAUCAGAUAUUUGAUGAUGCACAGCUGCAGAUUUAUACCUUAAUGCAUAGAGACUCAUAUCCACGAUUCCUGAACUCUUCUAUAUACAAGUCUCUGCUUCAGAAGUCAUCCAGCACAUCUUCAGAGUCCUAAAUAUUCAACUAUACGGAUAAAGUUCAUUUAAAAAAACAAAACAGGUACAAGGUCAUCAUCACAAAAAAAAAGAAAAUAUGAAACUCAGGUUUAUUUUACUACUGAUUUCCUGUUGCCUAAAAAUGCAAAAAGCACUAAAGAACUGCAAGACUCUAGUGAUGGCUUAAAUAAGUUCAAUUGUGGUCUUUUUUUUUAUUUACAAGCAUUAGUGAAUAAACCCUAAUGGAAAGGGACAGUUUUUGUUCAUCUCUCAGUCAGGUAUCAUCUACACAAUCAUUAUAUAUGAAAAUGCUGUUAUCAAUAAUUUCAGAACAGCUUUUAUCUUUACAUGAAAAAUGAAAAUGAUUUUAUUGAAAGGGAUAUAAUCUCAGCCUUUAUGUUGGAACGUAACCAUUAAAAGUACAAAACAGAAUAUUUAAAAUUGUAAGUAGCUCAUACCUACCUUUGUAAGACAUCAUUGUUGCUGCUAAUAAUUCCAUCAGUUGCUAAUCAAGGAUCAUUCCAUCCAAAAGAACCAUAAUUUUACCUCACUUUGUGUCCAUGAACAUUUAAUUAAAAUUUGUUUUGUACAAUGAUCAUGAAGCUAUCUCCGAAGAUUACAGAAAAUAUAAUAGCCAGGUAAGUGUGAGUUCUUGCUGGAAAGGAACCAAGGUGCACUUGAGGGUUACAUUGUCAAAUGGACUCCAGAGCUAGUGUACAAGAUGUGUUAAAUUUCACCCCUUUGGUUGUCUUCAUGGUUGGCAAUUUAUUGUGCUGUAUUGUAAUAAUAUUAGGCUGUAUUGACAACUUUAAAAAGGAAACUACUGAUAAAUUAGCUAGCUGUUGUUUACAGCUAAAAAUAGUUUAUAUUUGUGCAAUUUUCUUCUUGGACACAGGUAGUCAACAAAAGGGCUUUAAAUUUACGAAGGCUUACCUACAAGAUGAAAAAUAAUAAUUGGAUAGUUAUGUUAGAAAUAAUAGAAAUCCCUCACUAUAAUUUUUGAAAUUAAUCGAAUAUGUUUUACAAGCACGGUUAAGAAAAUUUGUUAAAAUUUAAAUAAAUACAUUGUUAAUCUGA